AUGUCCGAUGCUCCAUUGCACCAACAGACGUUGAAAAGCCCUCAAGACCUUGCUCUUUAUACUUCAACUUCAUCUACAACAAUCACCCCACCAGGUUACAUGUCCUCCACUCUUCUUCCACAGGCAGUCACCACCGAUGCACAGGUAGCCCCAUCGCUAUCCACCCGUGGCUCUCCCACGGCCACCGUGUCGUCCCGUAGACCCAUUACUGGCUCAGGUAUGAGCCCGGCUUCGACCCUAGGCUACCCGGUCGUUACCACUAAUACAGGAUCUUCACAUUCUCCUCUAUCACCUUCUCCAUCAUCCUCUGUAUCGUCAACCUCAGAUGCGUCUUUUUCAUCAGCUAACCAAUACGCUGCCACUUCGAAACCACAGAUUCCUACUUCAUUGGCACCUGUAUCUCGACCAGAUUCUGUUGUGCCAACCCCAACAGAUGCUCUCUUCCCAGAGUACAGCUCAUCCUCAUCCUUUUCAUCUCUUACUUCUUCAGACACUGAAAACAGCUCAAUCCAAUUCAAUAAACGAUUCCAACUGAAUGGAGAUGACUCGUCUAGCUCUCAGAUUUCGCCUACUAACUCGGAUAACUAUAAUCAUAAUAUUAGCAACAGAGCAACUCCUGAUCACACAGUCACAGGAAGGUUAAAUAACCUUUCUCUCCAAAACCAUGGCUACUCAACCCCAUCUUUUGAAACUGCUUUGGUCCCUCCUCCUGGUAUCGUUACUGCAUCUACAUCAAGUCUUACGGCAAGAUCAUCUUCUGUUACUGGUGCCCCUAAUCUCAAUGGCACCCCUGCAAUCCAAAUCCCAGUGGCUGUCAAUCAUGAUAGUGCCUAUGCGUCAUCCCCUUCUCCAGGUGUUGGCCGUUUCCCCCUACAGGAAACACCACCACAAACCUACCGAGGACAAGGCAUUGAAGAUGAACCUUUCCCUUACACCGGUUCUCCAAGUCAAACAAGUCCAUCAGUGGCCCCUGUAACAAACAAUACACCUUCACCAUCUCCCUCACACAAGGCCCCAUCCCGAACCCACUCAACACUUAGUCUCUUUUCCAAGCGACGAAAUCGUGGAGAUUCUUCAUCAAGCAUUUCUGUUGCUGCACCGACAAAUUCUCAGCAAAGCUCUAACGGUGGCAGUCUGCGUACGCCGCACCCUUCGAUGGUAGACUUGAAGCGGUUUUUCCAAAAGCCUUGGAAAAAUAAUGCAAGCAACUUUUCGGACCCCCCACCAGCCCCACCGGGCCGCUUUACUAGCAGUGCUAGCAGUAGCAACAGUAGCAGUAGCAGCAGCAUUAAUCAUCAUCACCAUAAUAGCCAACACAUUUAUGACUCUGAACGCACAGCAUCUGCACCAUCUACUCCUCCAUUGCCUCCAUCUGCUGGAUCAACAUCAUCUACUGAAUCUACAUCUAGACACUCUUCGUUUUCAAAACGCACAAGUACAUUUCUUGGAGGUGGUGGCGGCAGCAGCAGCAGCAGCAGCAGCAGUAGCAGCAGUAACAACAGCAGCACAAUAGGUAGUGGUGGUGGUGGUUAUGGCGACUCACACUCUAAAAAGACCUUGUCAAAGAGCUACGGUAAGCUUGGAAAGGCACUUGGCGAAGGUGCGGGUGGAAAUGUGCGUUUGGUGACGGGCAAAAAUGGCAAGAUUUACGCAGUCAAGGAGUUUAGACAAAAGGCCAAUUAUGAAACUGCGCGCGAUUACUCCAAGAAGGUGACGGGCGAGUACUGCAUUGGUUUGACGCUAAAGCAUCCUAACAUCAUUGAGACGGUGGACAUUAUUUACGAAACAGACAAAAUUUACCAGGUUAUGGAGUACUGCGAGUAUGACUUGUUUGCAAUUGUCAUGUCGGGCAAAAUGUCUAAGGAAGAGAUUUACUGUGACUUUAAGCAAAUGAUCAAUGGUGUCAAGUACAUGCAUGAGUGUGGUCUUGCUCACCGUGACUUGAAGCUUGACAAUUGUGUCAUCAAUUCACAAGGCAUUGUAAAGCUAAUUGACUUUGGUUCUGCCGUGGUUUUCCGGUACCCUGAAACGGAAAAGAUUCACGAAGCUUUGGGAGUUGUAGGCUCAGAUCCUUAUCUUGCGCCUGAGGUGAUUACUCACAUUAGAUAUGACCCUAGGCCAGUCGAUGUGUGGUCUGCUGCCAUUGUAUUUUGUUGUAUGCUUAUGCGCAAGUUUCCUUGGAAGUCUCCUAGACUUUCGGACAAUUCGUACAAGCAGUUUGCAGCUGGCAUGGAUGCCAUGAAGAAGGAAGAGGAACUCCGUGAGGCCGAACGCAAGCGCCGUGAGGCCGAUCCAACUGGUGUCACACUGCCUUUACCUGGCAUGCCCAAGAGUGGACUUCUUGUUGACUCUGGCAGUCCUGAUGAUGACCCCUCAGCAGCUCACCGAGCGUCUACAUAUGGUCCUAACCGGUUACUCAAAAACCUUCCUCCAGAGACACACCAUUUCAUUUUGCGCAUGCUUGACAUUGAGCCUUUAACUCGUUAUUCCAUCUUUGAUACCUGGAACGAUUCUUGGUUUGCGGAAGUGCCGUUUUGCACAGUGACUAAUGGUCGUCUUGUGUCUGCACCAGGCCAUUCGCAUACUACGGUGAAUUUUGACGAGGCGCACAUUGCCACCUUGGAGAAGAAGAACAAAAAGAAGAAGGAAAAGGAGAAAUUGUGGUGA